AUGGAAACUGAAUCCACAUCGACUGAGUUAGGUAGGGCUGGACGGGAAAAUAUAUUGCCCGAGGUCAUGACGUUUGGACUGACCUUAGCGAAGUUCAAGCGUCACAACCGCCAGCCAAAUAUUUCCCCGUAUAUCUCUCCCAGUCAGUAAUUCUUAAUUCUUGUCCCUCAACAUCGUAUAACAAUGAACUGAGUUUGUAUCCAUUCAUUUGCUUUCAGCUUGUCCAAUGUCGUUACAUGUCUUUCUUCAUGAUGGCUGGAUGUUCCCUAUUUUGGCGUCACUGCCAAAAAAGGACAAGAACCACACUGCCCAACAUGCAUGGCUCGUCGACACUGCUUCGCCCAGAUCAUCCAAAAAACCUGGAAGGUAUCUACUGAUAGCUUGUUUUGUAAGAGCUGAUUUUGACUCUUAAUCAACCUGUUCUCCUGUUAACUCCCAAAUAAAUUCCUACUAAACGUUUUGAAAUUCGAAUGUAGAUUUAAAGAUGAGAAAGUAGGUUAGCAUCACCCGUUAGGCGUUUUUCUCUUACUUUCGUAAGUACAAACACCAACAAAGGUUUUUCGCCCGGUCUCUGACUUUGGCCAGCUUUUCGGUGGUGUUUAGGUUACGAUCCAGACUCCCAAUUUGCUGGAAUAAUUAAGCAAUCAUUAUAUUCAAACCCAAAUAUGCCGUCAAGCGUAAGUUUUGACGGGGCUAGCAAACUCAACGGUCAACUGUUGAGCAUGCGCAAAAGGAUCAACUUUGCCCAGCCGCGCACCAAUUCCCCACGAAAAAUUUGAAACAUUUCGUUUUGAGCUUGACAAUGAAAAUGUAUAACGUACUUGAACUAACCGGCUUGCCCGGCUGUUCGUUCUUUCUGUGGAAACACCUAAUUCUGACAGCCCGAAAGCAAGCCCCGCAGCCGUUACAAAGUUCGCACAUGCGCAGUCGUUUGACGGCUUCGUGUGCCAGAAAGCCCUCUAUGCAAUUGACCUUUCAAUUGUUAUUGUUUGACUGAUAGUUUCUGGUGUGCCUCGGGAGAAAGCCAGAGAAUAGAAUUUCUGGUAGUGCUGCUUCACCAACCAUUUGCGAUAUCAGCGAUUGCUACCCAAGGAGCAGUUACAGAAAGGAGUUGGGUCAGCAGUUAUCUCUUCUAUGGCAAAUUUGACAAUGACCCUAUUCAUCUAGCCACUGACGACAAAGGACACAUCAAGGUGGCUUUCAUAACAAAUGUUCUAUGUAGUUACUUGAAAUUAGUAUCCCAAUUCAAGGAAAAGAGGGCGCUAAGACCCGUUGUUAACAUUGUUUGUAGUGUACAUUCAAAAAAUGGAGAAAUUAUAGUCAUUCAUUUUCGUCAUUCUUUUUCUUAUCUUUCUAUUACAUUCAUUUAUUUUACUUCUUUCAUUUUUUUUCCAUAUAAAUCGAAAAUACUGUCUACAACUCACUAAUGGUAAAAUGUUUUAGGUACCUUUUGCUGUAGAGAAAUUCAAAGAUGGAAAAUAAACCAUUGACUUACAAGUUAGAUCAUUUGUUUUCAACAGCACCUUCAUGCCGCUUUUUUUUUUUUUUCAGGAGUUUAAGGGAAACUCGGACCAGUCCUCUAUCGUCCGUCACUGGCUGAAGCAUCAGAUAUAUGCUACAUAUCUUGCUUUAUACCCUACAUCUUAUGUUGGUCGGAUGUGUAUGAGUAUCGAGAUAUAUGGAUGCCGCGCUAGCGACAUAUCCAUGUUGACACCGUUUCCAUCGAAGCAAAGGCAGCGAGAAGGUAAGACUUAUUAAAACUGUGAAGUUAAAAGUAUAUCAAAGACUUUCAAGAUUUUCUCUACCCCUUUUCAUUCUCGUGUGUCUCGAUGAUGGUAAAAUUUAAUUGACCAUUAAAAUUUUGCACGUCGUUUUUUUGCAGAAUUCAUUCGCUGUAAUCUGACCAAACAGCCUGGUAAUUGUAGGGCUUCAUCUCCCAGAUGGUUUUUUAACAGGAAAACUAAACAAUGUGAACCGUUUAGUUAUGGUGGAUGCAAUGGAAACCUCAACAACUUUUUAUCUGAAUAUGACUGUUGGAAAGGAUGUCGAGGUAAAUGCAAACAUUGCUGUACGCGUGCGAUUAGUCUAAACGCCACACGUGACCAGAUAUGCGGUAGCUAAAACUGUCAAAUAUCAAAUGAUAUACUCCAAGUGAUAUUCCCCAGUUGCAAACUGUUCGUCCACGACGAUGAAAGCCUUCGUUUUGAGUUUGAUUCAAGAUUAGAGAGCGUUAAGCUGUUGUUACAAAACGAGGGACAUGUUAAGAAAGUCGCACCAGAGAACACUGAAAGUAAAGAUCCGCGCAACAAACGCUAAGCUGUUCUUAAACAGUUUUUUUCCACGCGUUGCAAAAUGUUUGAAGGAUAAUAAACUCAAUAGCACCCAUUUGGUGAAAAAUAUGCUUGUAUGUUUGUCCUGAAAGAGUAUCUCUUCCUAGUAUCUUACAGUUAUCGUCGAGUUUCGCUCUUGAAAGCUUUUCGCAUCUAGGAACAGAUAAUUUUCGCAGACAAACAUCAAAUGUAUAUCAGUUUUCGCGCUCGCUUAAUGGUGGCUCCUGUUUAUAUUUACUGAAUCACCAGUUGGGGAAAAUGAUUCACGUUAGUGUUGCUAUCCUAAAUUUACUUUUGGCUGGAAGAAAACACUUCUCCCGUGUAUUAGAAAUAAAGUAAAACAAAUAUUAGUCGAUGUCAUCUCGGGAACAAAAGUGUCAAAUUCACUAUAACGCUAUUGAAAGGUACGUAUCUCCGGCUGAACUUUUUGGUCUAGAAAAAAGUAUAACGCUGUCAUAAAAGAAAACAUUUUCAGGAUGACUUGCAAGUUUUGUUUCGAUAUUUCCAGGCUCUGUCAGAACCGUUAGUUACAAACGUUCACCCUUGAAGCCUUCUCGAAAAGCCAUAAUAUUGUUUUCUUUCGUUCCUUACCGCAAAGCCAAACAUUUGUAAAUGUGUGCAUCAGGAUAAGCAAGAAGUUUUACAAAUGAACCGAAAACUUGUCUCAGAAAGUUUGUAAAGUUUGGAGCGAGAAAUUGAGUUCAAGAUGUAUUUCAACAAAAGCUGUCCUCGAUCCCUUCCCUUGCUCGGUUCAAGUCUAAUAAAAUUCUUGAGUAAACUGUGCACAACUUCGUCAAUUGAUGUUUGUGCAACAAUUUUAUCACCUACAUAAAACAUAAUCUGGUUCUAACCGGAUUGUCCGUGAUUAAGAGAUUGAGUCUAGAUAGGUUUUGUUUUCUGGGACCGAGAUUUAGUGCCUGUUGUCCUCUUUUUGCAGUUUUUUUCUUUUUGAAGAAAAAAUGUUGAAUCCUUAAGGACACGAGAAACUUCCCGAGAUUGAUAGGUGUCCGAAUGACAAGAGUAUCCGUAAGGACAGGCUCAACACUAUAUUUUUCACUCUCUCAAUGUUUCCAGCAUUUCUAGAUUGCAAGAAAAGGUGUCACGCUCCUUUCUCUCGCUGCGUGAACAACAACAGAAGCGAAGAGGAAUGCGAAUGCAUUCAGGAAUGUCCUAAAGUGAUGAAAGAAGUUUGUGGCUCAGAUAAUGUGACGUAUGACAACGAAUGCCUGUUGAAGAAAGCAGCUUGCGAAAAAUUCACUGGAAUAGAGAUCGUGAAAAAAGGACCCUGUACAGGUAUGUAACCAAACUGUUUGGCGUGGCAUGUUCAAGGCGUCCUACAGCAGACACGAAAGGAACAACUUGAGUUAUAAUUCUCAAGACAUUUUUAAAUGUCUUUAAAAAGGUGAACAAAAGUGACGAUAAUUUACAGCGAAUAAGACAAAUUCGAAAAAAAGCUAACAUCCAUACACUGAAUUAAGACUCAAUGCUUAUUCAGAAAGAGAAGAGAGGAAGAGAAACCCAAUGGGCAAGACAUUAUUUCAUGGCCCUCAUACUUUAAAGAUGGCUGAACUCCCUGUUCCCGCUGCCACGACAAAAACGACAAAUGUUGUGUAGCUUGUACUAUGUGGGUGCUCGAUAUCAUUAGUAGCGGCUGUGCCCCUUCUAUUAUUUAUAUACCUCUUUCCCAAUUAUCUCAGUAUUCUUUUUCCCAUUCCACUCGCAGCCUCGCAGCCUUUCCUCAUAGAUCCCAUAAAACCGCUAACUAAACGGGUUAUUGUAAUUUGACCUCCACUCCCCCCCCCUACGCUCCCCCCUCCUUCAACCUUCUGACAUUUUAAAUCAAGCAGUUUUCUUUAAAAAGAUCAUAUGUAUAUGAUCACUCCUUAGCCCCGUUCUAAUACGCUAGCGCAGGACCUCCUUGUUUAAAAAUUAUGUCCUCCUUUCUUACGUCAACUUACACUGUAUAACAACUGAGUUCGAUCUUAUUUACUUCUUAAAAGCAUGUAUGUCUUCACUGGGAUUGGAAAAUGGACAAAUAAGAGACAAUCAGAUCUCGGCAUCCUCAGAACUCGACAAGCAGCACGCCGCCAAACAGGGAAGGGUUUCCCUGAUCAGCUCUCCUCAAGACAGGUAUGACAUAGGGUUGAGGUUGGUCCCCUUUUAGGCCAUGUCUUAAUACAUUGUAAAUGUUACUUAAGAAAUACCGAGAAAUCUUGGGAAAAUAGAUUUUUCCUACUGGGGUUCGAGUCUUUCGGAUCGAGCGGGGUUCAAGCUUGCGAAGGUAAGAUCGCAAAAAAUGUACUAAUGAAUUUCAUGAGAUAUUGAUAUUGGUUCGGGUUAAUAUAGGGCCUGGUUAAUCAGGAAUCAAAAGCAUUUUGCAGCGAAUCCAAUAUCAUGGAAAGAAAUAUAUGUUGCUGUCUUGCCUCCAGCUCCUGGUGCAGUACUCCAACUCUCGACAUGGGAACACAAUAUCUACAAGUGGAUUUGCUGUCAGUCCAUGUUCUGUCAGGAUUUUCUACCCAAGGCGCCGUCACAGAAAAGUUUUGGGUGAGCAGAUAUCUGGUUCGUUACAGCUUGGAUGGUACUGACUGGAUAUUAAUCGACGGAGCAGAAAAAAAUUACGAAAAACGUUACGAAGGAAGAAGCAAGGUGACUCUUGGAUAAUUUUAUGUUCAAUUAUCUAAUAGUUAACCUUUCACAUCACACUCAAAUAUAGCCAUUGCCACCUACUACAGACACGAUUUCAUGAGUCCUUUCGUAAGAGAGCCCAAAUAACUCCCCACAAAAAAUGCUUACAACACAUUCUUAUGCUUAAAUUGAAGGGAAAACUGUUUACUAGAGUCUUGAGGUUAAUCUUUGGUUCUUCAGUGAUUGUUAAGCAUUGUCAAGACUUCUCUGUGGAAACGGCGCUGAUGUUGCUAUUUUUUGCGGGAAUUUAUUAAUACUUCCUACUAAGGAUGAAAUAGAAAGUGUUGGCGUAUAGGAGACAUUCAACUGACUACAAGUAGUUAAUUGAUUCAUCAAAUAAAAUCCUCGUCAAAACAGAAAACUUUAACGAUGGAGAAAAAAACCCAUUCAUUUAAACGUUAGAUCAUCAUCGUGCGACAUUGACCAACUGAAGUUCUUUUUCAAAUCUAAAAGCAAUUUCAGGGAAAUACGAACCAGUCCUCUAUCGUCCAUCACUGGCUGAAGCUUCGUCUCCAUACUCGUUUUGUUCGUUUCUCUCCUACCUCUUUUUUCGGUCAGCGGUGCAUGCGUGUAGAGCUUUACGGUUGCAAGGAGUCAUACACGGAUAAAGGUAAUAUUUCUUACAAUUUUUGUGGAUGAAUUGCUGAUAAAUGUUUUUGACAGAUCAGAUUACCAUUUGGAAUCUUAAAUGCAGUCAGUGCCAUUUUUUUGAAAAUACUCUUGACGGUGAUGGAAAGUAUGUGUGUCCUUGAGCACCUGUCUCCUCAAAGCAGCAAUACUGGCCAAUUCUCUCCACCCGAGAAUUAGACUUUAUCUUUUCCAUAAACCUUUGUGGUUUUCAAAGAUGGCGAGAAUUUGAAUUUGCUUGUGUUGACGAUUUACAUUUUUACAAGCUUCAGCAGUUCCUGCUGCGCUCACUCGUGAGCUGUCGAGUUAAACAUUCGAAGAGAAAUUCCUUAUCUACGUGCACCCAUGUGUUAUUCUCUAUAUCUAUUCCAUAAACCUCCGCAGUUUUCAAAGAUCACCUCUUAGGCUGCAACAAAAAGUGUUCUUCUCCGUUUUCUCGCUGCGUGAAGCACAAGGGAAACGAAGAAAAAUGCGAGUGCAUUCAGGAAUGUCCUAAAGCUGUGAAACAAGUUUGUGCCUCGAAUAAUGUCACAUAUGACAACGAGUGUCUGUUGAAAAAAACAGCCUGCGCAAAGGAAGAAGAACUAACUUUGGUGAAAAACGGAGCUUGUACAGGUAUUUCUUUUUCAAAGAAGCUUUUUGCUAUGUCUGAAUCAUCAGAUGCACCUCUGGAGUAAAUGUGAACCAAGAAAAUAUAAAAUGUAUAUUCUCUUGAUGUAAACGGUAAUCUAAUUCAUUACUGAUUUCACCAACUUUCCUUGUAAUCCUCAAAACACAUUCAGCUGGUGCGACACAAAAAUUAUCUUUUUUCACAUCAGAUGCAAAAGUGUUCACGUUGUAAGUAUUCUCUGAUGAUUCGGCAGACUCACUGUCUGCCCAUCACGGGAAUUACUUAAUUUACUCCUUCCCAUGUCCUUGGGUGAUAGUUAGUACCAAGAACACACAACUUUUGAUCUAUAUCUUUGGUUCAGUAAAGGUAUUUAGUCCGUAAAGUUUGUGGAUCGGAUCGAAGAACUUACAAAUAUUUUUGUGAACUCAAGAAACGUGCUUGUUAGAAAAACAAACGCAUAUCAUUUGCUUUACAUAGUUAAUGUGAAGGUUGGUAGAUUAGUUCAACUGAACACUUCAUUAUCACUCUAUGAGUGUCGUUGUCACAUCGGGCAAUCAGAAGAAGAUAAAAUAAGUUUAAGAGCCAAUCAAAACUCGGAGUAAAACCAACCAAACGGCCUAAAGCGCGGGAAAACGUGAGGGACCAAAUCGUGAUUCAUUGCAGUUUUGCAUCUGACUGGUUGAGGGAGUGGUGUUUUCUGGACCAAUCGCAGAGCGAAGCGAUGCAAAGCCGAAGCAAUUUCGGAUCAUUAUUGUCACUCAAUCAAUAUGUUUUAACUAUGCUAACAAGCAUAUUUCUGGCUUGCUUGGCAGGUAUCUAAACAAACUAUUUUCCAAAAGGUUUUGGCCAGUUUUUGUUCCAUUUUAGUAACUGCUAUUUCGCCGAGCAUACUCCCUGAAUGUUUGAGGUUUCUUAAAAAUAUCUUAGGAAAGGGAUGAAUUUAUAGAUCUCACUGCAUUUUUUUUCCUUUCUUUCUUCAGUACCAUUUUAUGACGUUGAUUCUCAAGAGAAGUCGUCUGGUACAAUGAAGUCAGUUUACAUCUUCACCUUUUUGUCAGGAUUACUUUUGUCACUUACUGUGUUGCUAAUUGAAAACUUUUAUCAGUAAUUGUCAUACCUAAACCUUUUGUCAGUCAAUGUACAACUUACAACUGAUAUAUUUAAACUUGUUCUUUUACUUAAGCGUCAUUGCAAUCCGGUAUAAGCCAAAAUAA